CCCGAGAGCCGUUGGAGCGCGAACCUAACCUAACUUGAGUUCGAUAGCGUCUUUAUAGUCCAGCUUUCGAAGCGGAAUUCGUUCGAAUUUAAAGAUCCCGGCACCUGCGGGACUGUUAUGCGAGCUUGCGUGUAUAAGGAAGUCUCAGAGCGAUAAACAAGCAGAGUCAGAAAUGGAUCCCGCAACAGUGAUAGCCCUCUGCAAAGAGAAUAUCCAGCCGUUACGCUACGGGCGGAAUGCCACACAAUUGGGGACUGCAUUGAGAGCACAGGAAGAUGUGGAUGCACAACAGUUGCUGCUGCAGGAGAAACAAAUGUACGAGGAUGCAAUUAAAAAUUAUGACGGCGAGGACCCUUUAGAAAAUUGGUACGAGUAUAUUCUCUGGGUAGAGCAAAGCUACCUGAAGAGUGGGCAUGAGUCUCAUAUUGGAAGACUCCUGCAGCAAUGUCUAGGCAUAUUUGAGAAAGAGACCAAGUAUCAUCAGGAUCGUAGAUAUAUACGUUUAUGGAUUAAUUAUAUAAGUAUGCAAAAGAAUCCUUUAGAGUUGUACCAGUUGCUACACAAUAAUGGUAUUGGGACUGUAGUGGCGGACACGUACAGGGCCUGGGCUUUCGAAUUAGAGCAGAUCGAGGACUACAAACGUGCGGAUGAAGUUUAUCUGAUGGGAUUGUCCACUCAUGCAGAGCCAUAUGAGGAAUUGAGCUACGCUCAUCAAAAUUUUCAACUGGCCGUUGCGCGCAAAACGCUCGGACGUAUCGACGAAAGGAACGAUAUUUCGCUGUUUGAACAGCGUCAGGCUUUCAGCUCGUUAAGAGCUAUAAGAGCUGGUAAACGAGUUGGUAGUAUACGAACGGGACAUCGUGUCCGCGAAUAUCAUCCUGGUGUCGUACCGCAAAUCUCAGCUUCUAUGCCAAACGCCAAGUCCAAUUCAAAGAUACAGAUAUAUCAAGAUGACAUACCUGGAGAAAUGAAAGGUUCUAGUAUAUUGGACCAUGUGCCUAUAGAAGAUACGGUGCACAAGGAAAACACUAUCAAACCUGGACCAUGGAACAGCGGACAUAAGAGAGGCCCGUUAAUAGCGUCUACCGUGAAGGCGGGUUUUAAGAUUCACGAAGAUCAGAGUGACCAGUGCGAUAUGGAGAAAGUUAGAUUAUUCCCGAAUCAUGUAGCCUUUUUUGAUGGCAGCAAGGAUCUCGAUUGCUUAAGGGUGCCGGUAUACGUAGCGGAUCCAAUAGAUUCAAAUAUUGUACGAAAACCACAUUAUCCCAAAGAGCUAGUUUAUGUUGACAAUGUCGAUCGUAGUAUGGAGGAAAUUAGAGCACAGCUCUACCUGGAAAGAAGGGCAGCGCAGCUUCUGGAGAAUAAGCAUGCCGACGUGUCGAUGGUUUGUUUACGCGGGACUGACGGAGAAUCGCAAUCGCAACUCAACAAUUAUGAAAACAUGUAUCAUUUGCAAGAAAUGGAAGAGCAGAAACUCGAUCAGGAGAGAAGAGAGGCCGAGAUCAGUAGACAAAGACUGCAAGCUGAGCAGCAGGAACUGCAGAGGCAACAGUACGAGGCUGAGAAGCAGGUAUUGGAGACUCGUCGGCAGGAGGCCGAACAGAGGGAACUAGAAAGGCUAGAGGCCGAAAGAAUAGAGGCUGAGAGGCUCGAAGUCCAACAGCGAAUGGAAGCGGAAUUAAAUUCGCAACGGAAAUUGCAGUCGUCGAAUUUUAUGCAUCAGGAUCAUCAUGUCUCGUCCUUAGCCGCUAAGACGGAAGAACACCUGCUUGGCCAGAGUCUUACCGUGAACACGAAGGAAGCUAUCUCGGUCGUGCAGGAUUUGUGGCAGUCUCCGAACGCUGCCACAAAUACGUCGCGUUUUGCCACUUCAGUAGCGCCCAGGAUGGUAGACUCGAGAAACAAAUUGUCGUUUGAUAUACACAUGGACAGUUCAAUGACCCAGCACGCAAUGACUAGUAGCAAGCACCAUCAAGGAUACAACGUGCCGAUUUAUAACGAUCAGGAAAAUCAUCAGAGCUAUCACGCGCAUCAUAGUUAUUCCGAGGAACAGCAAGCCGCGUAUGUGAAUCACGAACUGCAGAACAGUUAUCAUUAUCAGAUGCAGCAACAUCAUGAGCAUCAAGUGCAGUCACAUCCGCGGCAUCAGCACCAUCCUCAACAACACCCCCAACAGCACCACCCUCAGCAACACCACCACCAACAUCACUCUCAACAACACCAUCCCCAACAGCAGCAGCAGCAACAGCAUCCUCAACAACACCAUCCCCAGCCACACCAUCUUCAACAACACCAUUCCUCACACAUUCCCCAACACCAUCCGCAACACCAUCCCCAACAGUUGAUUUCAUCGCAUCAGCAGAUGCACGCAACGCAUCAUCAGUCUCUUUCUCAUCCACAUUUACAAUCUCCCGGUCAAAUGCCGCAUCAUCAGCCGCACGUUCAUCAUCAUCACCAUCAUCAUCCUCCUCAUCAUCAUCAGUCUCCUCAUAAUCAGCAUAUUUUGCACUCUCCGCCGCAACAUGUGCAUCAGCAUAUGCAACAUAUGCAGCAUUCAGUUUACGGCAGCAUGUCGUUACCCACCAACGAUGUCGGAUAUCAGCAAUAUCCAACGUCGAUGGAACCUCCGAUGCUGCAACAGAAUAUGGAGCCGCAAAAGCAGUUACACUUCUCACCGUAUAACGAUCCGAACAUCGAGACGAGCAAGCCGUAUAGAAUGCCACCCGAGUUACCGUACAUCAAAUCGCCCGGAAUGAAUCGUAAGGAUAUCAAGUAUCUCGAGAGUGCGGAGGACAAAGAAAAUGCGAUCGUCGUCGAUUAUAACGGACCGCUCGAAGACAACAUGGUGCCCAAACCGGAUGAGAAUAGUCUGUACAAUAUUGACGAAAGUUUGGGCAUAACUCCUCUCUCGACUGCUAACGAAACAUGUUUUACGGAGGCCUUUAACACCCAACUAGCAAGCUCUACACCAAUGACCAGUCAUUUCAAACAGUCUUACAGAGCGAAGGACGAUCCGCAAUUUGCGAGUCAGGAGAUUGCGCCCCAACCAGUCGCAGAAGCGCCUAAUAUCGAAGGUGAUGAGAAAUUAAGUGUAAUAUUAGAGACCACGCGUGAAUACGUCUCGAGCAGUUCAGGUAGCAGCAGUAAUUACACCAGAACAACUGGAUUGAUUUCUGGAUUGACAAGGGAGGAUAUGGUUCCUAUUAAAGAACAACCUGUAGAUACAAUUGUAGAAGAAGAAUCGAACGAAUCCCUGCUGUCCGUGAAUCAUUCUUACGAGCAAAAACUGCACGCGCAAAUCCAAGCUGUGCACGUUCAGAGCCCGCGUACGGUGCAACGAAAUGUCGAUCAGAUAACAUCCGAGAUAAAGAAUAAUUGUGACCUAAGAAAGUCUAUAAGUCUAAAGCUCAAUAGCGAGCAAGAGAAUUUGGAAAAAGUCGAUACCAUGGACUGCGAGGAGCAUGAACCUAUGGAGCAAGUGGAGGAGGAGAGCUUCGAGCUGCCUUCGAGAGACAUAAAUCCAUUCGACAAGAAUUUAAUAGCUGGCCUCUUGAAGAAAAUCAAGUUUCCACAACCCCAUCAUGCGGAUGGAUAUACGAGAAUAGAUACCAAUUUAAUUAAGCUUGUGCCUUCUAGUAUGAUUACGCUCGGCACCGAAGCGUAUGAUUUGGAAAAGUGCCUUGGGAAAGGAAUGUAUGGAACAGUUUUUAAAGCAGUAAACCUGCAGACAGGAGAGACCGUCGCUCUUAAAACGCAAAGACCAGCUUGGGUCUGGGAAUUUUAUAUUGUGCGAGAAAUAAAAGCCCGUCUUACGAAUCCACAUAUGUUACGCGGUUUUAUGGACGUGACGAUGGCGUACGUGACCAACAACGGAAGUAUAUUAGUUUCAGAGUACUCGAAAUUCGGAACGUUAUUAGCAGUGACGAAUCAAAUAAAAAUUGCCACUGGCAAGCCUUUAGUGGAGACCCUAGCUAUUUUCUUUACAAUUGAGAUGCUUCAAAUCGUGGAGUACUUACACAAAUGCCAAAUAAUACACGGGGACAUAAAACCAGAUAAUUUUUUAUUAAUGCGACCACCUACAGAAGAUGUGAGGCCAACUAUACAGUUGAUAGAUUUCGGAUGUAGUAUAGACAUGAAGCUGUUGCCGGAAAAUACAACAUUUAUGCAUGUUAUAAAAACGGAGGAUUUUACUUGCAUUGAGAUGCAAACUGGACGACCGUGGACAUAUCAAACGGAUCUGUAUUGUCUAGCAGCGACCAGUCAUUGCUUAUUAUUUGGCAAUUACAUGAGAGUAUCGAAUAUAAGUGGCCGUUGGUUCAUUACCUCGAAGUUGCCAAGAUACGCUAAAAAGGCUGCUUGGGAGCAAUUUUUUACAGAACUGUUAAAUAUUGAGUCAUGCGAGAAAAUGCCCGACUUAGCGAAAUUAAGGAAUACGAUGGAGGAGGCACUGGCACAAAUGCCGGAGGUGCAAACGAAAUUUCGGAUGUUCGUCAACAUACUCAACAAACGAUAACGCUUACUGUAUCUGACGAUACGUGUGCACGCGCUCUGUUCACUGCGUGUACACAUGUCUAGUAAAGAACCAACGUGUAAUAAGAAACAUUAAUGUUAUUGUGCUAUUUAUUAUAAAAGUUAAUACUACAGUGAUAUAUAUAUAUGUAUCUAUCUACACAGUUAUAACACACAGAAUGCACUUUACGGCCUGCUUCGUGGAGGCUUCAUCGAUAUUCGUUGCUUGCACAUAAUCAACAUUAUUAGGAGUACAGUGUGCGACGAGUUUGCCGUUCAGAAGUUAUUUAAAAAGAAGAUUGCUGAAGGUUUAUACGAGGAUUUUACUGGUUUCGAAAAUGUAUCUUGUUACGUAUGUAAAAAUGUAUCCUCUUUCACGAUACAUGUAUGCGCUUACUAACACACGAGUCACAAAAGAGAAUUUGUAUAAUAAGAUUCCAAAAAUUUCGCAAAAACCAGAAUCUGUAAAAAAAUGAUGAUGAAUAGUACAAUAUAUGCGUGUGAUACAGUAUGGAUUUUCUGAUCUGUAAGAUGGCUUGCGGAAGUGUGCACACUAAGCAUGCAUACCGAGUACUUGAGUACCUUGUAUAGAUAAUUAUUGUAUAUGUGUGUAAUCCUUGUAUAUUUAUAAUAGACUCUGAUUUCAAACCACAAUUCCUCUCUCUGUUGCAUUAAUGUUACAGUGAGUUCAAUUUAUUCUCCGAAAUGUACGAAGAUACGUCGUGACAUUAACUAUUUUAGUUAACAUGUUAUAAACACUUUUAAAAUUACCUAAACACGAUCAGUUUAUGAUAUUCUCUCAGAUGCUCUUUUUAUUCCAUAAAAUAAUUUAUGCCAAAAUAAUUUCAUUAUAGUAAUUUUAGGGCGUUGCGAUGUAAUGAUUACAACAUAUCACCAUAUUGUCUGGAACGAUGCUUCUUAUUUUGAAUAUGUGCAGGCUUAUUUUCGAGUGUCCACUAAACAGGCCUUUUAUGUAGGAAACUUUAUAAGUUAGAUUAAAUACGUGCAUAAGUAUGACAAAAUUUCGAGUUUGUGUUCCGAUCUUAUAGAUUUUAUAAAAAAAAUGUACAAGAACUUUGGGUUGUCUAAAUGUUAAUAUAAAUUAUAUAUAUGCACACAUCGUCUAGAACGCGAACCAUAUUCGACAACCUAUCGUUCUUGGCUAAGAAUUUAUGAGAAUAUGCCUUAUCUUACUUUAAUGGUGCAACAUAAUGUUCAGAUAAGAGCCCGUACAAAGCUUUAAGAUUAAAAAAAAAAACAGUUGAAACAUUGUAAAAUACAUUUAUUAAAAUUGAUGAUGAUACCUAAGAUGUAACAUCCUAAUUUACCCUUGAUUACUGAAAUUGUAUGUUACAAUGUUGAUCAACUUACAAUCAUAAAGUCUUAUGUUUAUUAUAAUUUUCUAUGUAGAUUUGCAACACAUAUAUGAAAUAUUAUGGAAUUACCAAUACCGUGUAUGAGAAUUCCUGUUACUCAACAAAUCAUGAUUAAUAUAACAUCUUUAAUAAAACAAAAUAGCGUUAAUUUUGAGCUAA